UUGCGUGGGCGCGCUAAGUGACAUCAUCGUGAGUUUUUUUAGAGUUUCCCUAUCAGGAGAGGUUUAUCAUUUUUGUGAUUAAAUAUUUUGGUGGUUUUAUUUUAACAUUGUGUGUGGUGCUUAAUAUUGGAAAUACUUCAGUGAUGUAACAAUUUUUUUUAAUUGUGCCCCUUUAAGGUCCGAAAUGGAUGUGUGACUAAUCCGUUGAGGAUGCAAUUGGGGCCAAAAAAACGACGAUGAUGUGGACAACUUGGCCACGAACCAGACGAAAGAGUCAUGUUAAUACAACAGUACUAUGGAAAAAUCCUUUCAACUUUGGUUAUUGUUUUAUAAUAAUCCUGGCAGCAAUGUCGCCAAAAGAAGCCGCUAAAAGUGCAAUUGGAACUACCCAGUGUCCGUCUCCAGAGCUUAUUCCCGGCUGUCCUUGCUACAAUUUCGAAGACGGCCUAUUUUUAGAAUGCAACGGAGCCACGGAGAAUUCACUGAGAGCCGCCUUGACUGCAGUAGCAACUCUUACGAGCCCCAAAGAAGCCGUGGUCCAGUCUCUGAGCAUCUACGAAUUAGACCGGAAAGUAGACGAGCUGAAGCCCAGCAUCUUUCCCUCCGGAACUCAAAUCAGGCACCUCCAGAUUUCGCACUCAAGUAUCCGAGAAGUUGCCGAAGAUUCCUUCACUAAAUUCAACAACUCGCUCACUUCUCUAGGAUUAGUUUCAGCACGGCUGCAACAGGUUCCACACAAGGCCCUGGCAAGCUUAACCCAGCUGACAACCUUGGAUUUAGAGUCUAACCACAUCCACGACCUGCCAGCUCACUCCUUCACCAAGCUGUCCCUCCAGAAGCUGAACCUAAAAGGCAACCAAAUUCAGAAGAUAGCUGAGCACGCGUUCUCAGGCCUGGAAGCUUCCUUAACUGACCUUGACCUAGCUGAGAACAAGAUCAGGAUCUUUCCUAUGACCGCUCUGAGGAACCUAGAGCACCUGGUGUCCCUCCGACUGUCCUGGAACGAAGUUUCGCAGCUUCCUGAAGACGGCUACUCAAGAUUAGACGCCUUGAACUUCUUGGACCUCAGCAGCAACAACUUCGACAAGAUCCCGCUGAACUGCUUCCGUUGCUGUCCUUUGUUACGAACACUCUCGCUUUACUUAAACGCAGUUGAGCUGGUUGAUAAAGACGCCUUUAUUUCCUUAAUAGACCUAGAAUCCAUCGACAUUUCUCACAACAAGAUAGUUUUCCUGGAUAUAGCUACCUUCAGAGCGAACCAGAAGCUCAGGUCGAUUGAUUUAAGCCACAACCACAUCCACUACAUCCACGGAGUCUUCUCCAGGCUGCCUGAACUAAAGGAACUCUUCCUGGCAGACAACAACAUCCUGGAGAUGUCAGCGGAUACUUUUGCAGGAAGCGGAAAUCUUCAGGUGAUCUACCUCCAGCACAACGCCAUCAGGAAGGUUGAUUCCCGAAGCCUGGCAAGCUUGAAGCAGCUGACCCAACUUCACCUCACUGCUAACUUCAUCAGUAAACUCCCCAAGGACUUCCUUCAGCACACUGAGAACCUCCUGACCUUGUCAUUAGACGAAAACAACAUCCGGGAACUAGAAGUUGGGACUUUUGGGCGUACUAAGCACCUUCGGGAGCUCAGGCUGCAAGAUAACCAGAUUACAGAGGUCAAAAGGGGAGUUUUCGCUCCCCUUCCUGAACUCCAGGAGCUCCACCUCCAGAACAACGCGAUCACUGACAUGGAAACUGGAGCUUUGAAGACCCUCCACAGCCUCCAGCAUGUUAACCUCCAAGGGAACCUUUUGGCAGUCUUAGGAGAUAUUUUCCAAGUUUCAGAUGAUAGAAUUGAAGACGACAGGCCUGGAAGCUCGCUUAUAUCUAUCCAGUUGGAUAAUAAUGGGCUAGGAGUCCUCCAUAAUGACUCUUUAAGAGGACAAUCUUCGGUUAGGAUUAUGUGGCUGGGCCACAAUAGGCUCACCAGGCUCCAAGCUCCUCUAUUCCGUGAUCUCUUGUUGGUAGAAAGGCUUUACCUUACCAACAAUUCAAUCUCCAGGAUUGAAGACACUACCUUCCAACCGAUGCAGGCCCUGAAGUUCCUGGAACUUAGUAUGAACCGCCUGAGCCAUGUCACCGUCAAGACGUUCUCAGAACUUCAUGAAUUAGAAGAAUUGUACCUCCAAGACAACGGACUGAGGAAGUUCGACCCGUUUGCGCUAACAGCCCUGAAAAGGUUGAGGAUCCUGGAUCUUGCAAACAACCACCUGAAUGUCUUGCAUUCAAUGAUCUUCCAGGAAGGGCUGCCAAUCAGAACUCUGAACCUCCGGAACUGUUCUGUGAGCUUGAUAGAAUCAGGUGCGUUCAGAGGUUUGAACAAUUUGUACGAGCUAAAUUUAGAGUACAAUCACCUUACUGCGAAUGCGCUAGAUCGCCUGGACAUUCCGGGGCUUAGAGUGCUUAAAAUCUCCAACAACAACUUCUCCCAAGUCAAUGGUGAGUCUCUGGACGGGUUGCCGUCGUUGCAGCAGCUGGCUAUGGAGUCUACGUCGAUACAUCGAAUGCCUCCUGAACUGUUUGCCAAGAACAAGAACUUGGUGAAGCUUUUGCUAGGCACCAAUUUACUUAGGUCCCUUCCUGGAAGCUUGUUCCUAGGUUUGGAGUCGCUCAGAGAAGUAAAGCUUGAUGGGAACCGGUUCCAGGAGCCUCCUUAUGAAGUAUUCCUCAAUGCGACGUCGAUAGAAUUCUUGUCGCUUGCUCACAAUGUUAUUUCUCACGUAGACGCAACGCGUCUUAGUGGACUAACGAACCUAAGAGAGCUAGAUUUAAGAAACAACCGGAUUAUGACGUUGUCUGGAUUCGCUACGGCGAACUUCUCAAGGUUAAUAUCCAUUGACCUGAGCUACAACCACUUAACAGCCCUCCCGGAGAAUUUUUUCAUCCACUCUGUCCAAUUGAGAAAGAUUGAGCUAGCUGGCAACAAAUUCCGGCAAAUUCCAAGCGUAGCUUUAGGAGAACGCAACAUCCCAAACCUAAAUUGGCUGAAUAUGACCAGCAAUCCACUGACCAGGGUCCACGAGUUUCCUUCCUUAGAAACUCACUACCCCGCAUUGCAGGAGAUCCACAUCUCAAGGACAAACCUGACGAUCAUCACCAGCCAGGAUUUCGACGCGUUUCCAGUCCUGCUCCAUCUUUUCGUAACAGCCAACGCAGUCGCCCGAAUUGCUCAAGGAGCCUUCAAGAAGCUGCCAAUGUUGGUAACUCUAGACCUCAGCGUCAAUGAAUUAGAACUACUGCCUCAAGAACGACUCAGAGGUCUAGAACACCUUAAAUUGUUAAACCUGACCCGGAACAGGUUGAAGGAACUCGAAGACUUCCCAGCUGACUCCAAAAGUCUGCAGGUUCUAGACCUGUCCUUCAACCAGAUCACCCACAUUGGUGGUAACACCUUCCGGUACCUUGCAAAUCUAGAAGAACUACACCUCCAUGGGAAUUGGGUGUCCAGGAUCAGCAGUGAUGCUUUCAAGAUGAUGAAGAAGCUACAGCUGCUGGACCUCAGCCGGAAUUACCUAGCAAACCUGCCGCUGAGCGCGCUCAGGCCUUUGGAGACCCAGAUUAGGACUCUUAGAGCCGAAGAAAACCCCCUGCAUUGUGGAUGCGAGUCCCAGGAGCUGUGGGAGUGGCUCAGAGAUCACCAGAAGCUGGUUGUUGGUGAGGAAACCAGGGAGGUUGUAGCUGGGAGCAAUGUACGUCGAGGCAUGAUCAAUGAUGGAGAAUCCCAAGGAUUGCUAAGGUGUGAGCAGCCACCAGAGCUUCGAGGGUUGGUGUUCUUGGAAUUGGAUCCUCAUGCUUUCUGCUCAACUCCUUUGGUUCAGAAGAUUAGCACCCAGGAUAUUCAACCUUUCUCUGCUUCAAUUGUUUGGCAGAGUCGCAAUCAUACUGGGCUUCAUGGGUAUCAGGUUGUCUUUAGAAACCUGGAUUCGCCUGAUGAGAUCCGAAGCAAGAUUUUGGGUCCAACUGCAAGACAAUUAAGGCUGCCCAAACUGCUGGCCAACACCCGGUACCUGGUCUGCAUCCGAGGGCUUGGAAAUUGGGCACCAGAAGACUACUCAUCGUCAGCAUCACUAUCAUCGUCGAUCAUCACCAAGAAUAGCAACGAUUCUGACGAAAUCUUGUUCGACGUCCUGACGUCGCUACCAUCAGAGAUGCUGGACUCUACGGUGAGCCAAUGCCAGGAGAUGAAAACCCUGGAGGCGCCUUCAGCAGUUGUGAUCAGUGAUGGAGCACCUAUCAGUGAUCCUAGCGGCGUCAGCAGUAUCUUGACCAGAAGACUGGGUCUGAUCGUCGGGUGCUGCAUGGGGUUCGUCGUCUUCAUACUCCUCGUCUCCGUUUUGGGCUACUUGAAGGUCAAAAAACAGAGAGAGGCGGUGAAGCGCGACCAACAACCUGUACCACCAGAGUAUAUCUCUUAUAGACACUUCAGUAUUCAAAGUGGUGACGCCGCAAGAGCUGUUACUCCUGGUAAUGUUACUACUGAUAUUACCGCGGUUACUGCGACGAUCACUGCGACGAGCGUCACUGCUACCAAUAAGGACAAUUCCGGGUAUGUUAACAACGUUGUUACUGGUGCUACUAAUCUUAAUGUAUAGCGACGAGCUAAUGGUUCCCGGCUGGCAGACACCAGGACUGACGUCACCAACGUUUAAAUCCGGGACCAUCAUCACAAAUCACGUUGCCCUCCAGAUUUUAUGUUAGUUAGGCUGAAUGGGGAAUAUUGACCAAUUUAUUUAGGGUACGUCGCAAGAUUAAGCUACCGUGGAACCAGUUGGCGUCCAGUUGGUUGUCAAAUCUGACGUCGUUCCAAAAUUUGGUAGCUUAAAACUUUUUUCGGUGCUAGACGGCUAAAUCUGAUGAAAAGCAGCGUCAGAUUUUGUCGAAUUGCGAGCCAUACGGCAUAAUCUGACGUUUUUCUAAGCUUUGGUAGCUUAAAACUUAUUUCGGUGCUAGACGUCCAAGUCAGAUUUAGUCAAAUAAUCGAGCUAGACGAUAUUAUCUUAUAUACUUUGACGUUAUUGUUGCUCCGGGUGCCAAUUAAGUGAAAUUUUGAAAACUAGAUUCGAUGCACGACGUCAUAAUCUCGUAAUAAUUGCGAGUUUUAAUAAUCUGACGCGAGUUCUUAAAGUUUGAGUGAAUAGGUUCGCUGCCAGACGUUAAAUCUGAUGAAAUAUGACGUAAACAAUAGACUUGACGUCAACUAGACAAUAUUUAGGUCAAUGUUUUGGUGCUAGACAUUAUAAUCUGACGGACUAUUGAUUCGGGUGCCAAUUAACUGAAGUAUUGAAGACUAGGUUUGAUGUGCGACGUUAUAAUCUGACGAAAAUAGCAAGUUUUACUAAUCUGACGCUAGUUUAUGACGUUUUAGUCAAUAGAAUUGAUAACAGAAGUCUAAACCUGAUGAAAAGUGACGGAAUUAUGAACAUUUAAGAUGUUAGACGUCCAAAUCUGACGCUUAUAUUGUACUGGACGUUAAAUAGGCAAGAUUUAGGCCAAAAUUUCGGUGAUAGAUGUCAUAAUCUAAUGAAAAUUGCAAUUUUUACUAAUCUGACGCUAGUUUUUGACUUUUAAAUCAAUAGAAUCACUAACAGAGUUCAAAUCUGACGUCAAAUUUGAACUUUACUUUGAAUAGGCAAGAUUUAGGCCAAAAUUUCGGUGCUAGACGUCAUAAUCUAGUAAAAAUUGCAAUUUUUACUAAUCUGACGUCAGUUUUUGACGUUUUAUUCAAUAGAAUCGAUAACAGACGUUCAAAUCUCACGAAAAUUGCAAGAUUCACUAAUUUGACGCUAAAUUUUUAAGGUUCUGUUCAAUAGAAUCGUUGUCAGACAUCCAAAUCUGAAGAAAAAUGACGUAAUUAUGAACAUUUACGAUGUUAGACGUCCAAAUCUGACGUUAAUAUUGUACUGGACGUUGAAUAGGCAAGAUUUAGGUCAAAAUUUCGGUGCUAGACGUCGUAAUCUGACAAAAUAUGAUUUAUACAUGAAACUGGGCGCCAAUUGAGAAAAUUUUGGGUCAGAAUUUCGUUGCUAGACGUCAUAAUCUGACGUCAGAUCCUAAAAAUCAGUUGUUGGGCGCCAAAUUUAGUUGGUAGGUGUCGUAAAUUAGCAGACACGGGCAGUAUUGACGACUUGGGUGCCCUUAGGGGGUAAAAUGGGCAACCUUAAAGGUUAAAAAUAUCAAAAUAUUUUGUAAAAUAUCUUGAAAAGACUUGUUGGGGGGUCGUAAAAAUAAAAAUUAAUCACAAACGGGCAAUAAUAAUAAAAUAUAAAAUAAAAUGAAUGAACACUGGGCGCCAUAAUGUUUUUUUAGUGAGAAUAAAAACUAAGUGUUCCAAAUUUUUUAUAGUUAAA